ACUUUUUCUCGGUGUGACCAAAAGUUGGGUUUAGGAUAAGUUAGUCCGGGAUUGGGUCGCAAAAUGAGUGGAAGUGUUAAAGUUUGUCGAAUAUGCCUCAUGGAAUCGGAACCGGGCACGGAUAUGGUGUCGAUUUUUACCGAAAGAGAAGCUUUGGACGAGGUGGUGGCCAACAUGAUUAUCGAUUGCUUCAGCGUGCUGGUGUCGGAACAGGACGGAUACUCUCCUUGGAUGUGUGGACCGUGUUUGACGCGGCUGGAAGAUUGUUACCUGCUAAGGAGUCAGUAUGUCGAAUCAUGUAGAAAGGUAGAUGAAAGAAAUUUGGAAGAGUCUCAAAACGUGGAAGAAUUACCUGAGAGUAUAAUUGUAGAAGAGAGUAAAAUCGACGAAGAAAGUAUAAUAGAAGAGGAAAUCAUAGCCGAAGAAGUCGUCCAGGAGUAUAAAACGCCAGAAACGCCUUCAGAGUCAGCAGACGAAACUGACAGCGAGCAAUCUUCAUCAGAAUUUCAAAAAGACGUUCAUUACAAAGUAAUUGACGUUGACGGCGUGUGCUGUUGUGAGUGCAAUGAAAUGUUCUCCGACGAAGCAUCGUUGAUACAGCACUCCGAGAAUGAUCACAGACCGGAGUCGACAGAGUUGAAAACUGGAACGCUUCAGUGCGAUAUUUGCUAUGCAAUGUUCUCCACCAACGGAAGAUUGCAAAGACACAUCAAGCGUCGUUAUUCGCGAGUUUUGUACGAGUGUUUGGAGUGCCAGGCGAUAUUUCGAUCCAAUGCACGACUACAGAACCACUUGAUCAAGCACGAUCGCAAGAGUAGCCGAGCGGUGAAAGAUUACCCUUGUUGCAUUCGAUGUUGCCCAGAAACCUUCCCGACUCAAGAGCAUCUCGUUGAACACGCCCAAGAGUAUCAUGGACCACUUCGCAGCAUCAACAAAUCCACACGAGAGUCGGACGAUCAUGUCUGCCAAGUGUGUCUCAAUUCCUUCUCAACGAAAAAUGCGUUGAUCAAGCAUAGACUCGCCAAACAAGACACUCCUCCAUCAGUAAAAGGUUUAGUUUGCUCGACCUGUGGAAAGGUCUUCAAAGCUCUGUCCUUGCUGCAAGCUCAUGAAAACAAACACAAAGGUAUUAAUCCAUUUCCCUGCAAUGAAUGUAGUGAAUCCUUCCACUCAUACCCAAUGCUCCAAAGACACAAACGAAGAUUCCACGUGGACAAACAUCGCCACCAGUGCCCAAACUGUCCAAAAUCCUUCGCGCACAAAAGCCAACUCAAGAUCCACCAAGUCUACCACCUGGACCUUAAACCAUACAAAUGCGAAACCUGCCCAGAAACCUUCCGCCUCAAAAACCAACUAAAAAUCCACAACCGACGCCACACCGGAGAACGCCCAUUCCGGUGCCAGUACUGCCAGAUGGGCUUUUCCCACGGAACGGACCGGAAACGGCACGAAAUGGCCGCCCACACGGGGGAGAAACCGCACAAAUGUCGCAUCUGCAAGGGUGCCUUCGUGCGGCAUCAGCAGCUGGUGGCGCACAUGGUCAGUGGCCACGGACGGACCCGGGAAGCGCCCUUCCGGUGCGAGUACUGCAAGCAGGACUUCCGACAGUCGGCGGAGCUGGAGCGGCACGAGCACCAGGACCAUGGGAUUCAGGACGUCGGGACGAUUGUGGCGAACGGGGUUGAGAUGCAGUACGCGGUGGCUUAUGUGUGAAGUUUUUUGAAGCCACCACUUAAGCUUAAAAAAAUCAGCUACUAAUCAAAUUCGCGA